AUGGCUCAUACAAAGACAGAAGAUGAAAUAGCCCUCUUUGAAAGAGAAAUCAAAGAAUUUUGGACCAAACUAAAAGGCAUUUAUGGUACUGAACAGAUCAGUCAGACCCUGGCACUGAGAGAUUCAUGCAAGGAGUCGAUAAAAGUGCUCUCAGAGAAAUGGUCCAAGAAGCUGAAAGAAGGGGACUUGAUGGUUGAUAAAAUUCAGGAGUAUAGCAAUGAGAUUCUCCAGCAGAACCAACGCAUAUCAGAAAAUCAAGAGCAUUUGACAGAAAUACAAUCUAACCUAAAUCGAGAAAAAGAGCAAAAGAAGGAUUUGACUGACAGCAUCCAAGAGCUUAAAGAAGAGUUGAUGAAGAAAAAGGAAAUAAUAUCUUCUAAAAACAAAGCUGCUAAGGAGAGAGUGGAACGACUAUGCAAGUCGAAAGAAUUGUUUGAAGAGCGGCUUGGAUUGGAGAUACGCAGAAUUCACAAUGAGCAAUUACAGUUUAUAUUCAGACACAUUGACCACAAAGAUCCUGACAAGCCAUAUGUGUUUACCCUUUCCAUAAAUGAACAAGGAGACUAUGAAGUGACUUCCUGUACGCCUCCCCUGGACUGCAUAGCGGAGUUCCAGCUCAAAGUGAGAGAAACCAACAACUUUUCUGCAUUUGUUGCCAACAUCAGAAAAGCUUUCACUGCUUUAUCUUAUAAACAGUCUGCAUAAGAGUAUCUUACAUUUGUCUAGCUCUAGAGCACUCUCUUUUCCUUCCUUCCUGUAUUGUGAACUUUGUGUUUAUCCACAUCUUACUCUAAUUUUUAAAUAAAGAAAAACUAUGAAAACAGUA